CAGGAGGAUGCACUAGAGGUCCCUGGCUGGGCUUGAGAAGACAGGAAGAUGGCAGAUCUGACCCCAACCCAGAUAUGCUGGCAGGUCCCCUCCAACUCAGAGGCACAUCACACCAACCGCUUCGUCUCUUCGGAUCUGAUUGUGCGCCGUGGGCAAGGCUUCAAAUGCACCGUGUACUUCAACAGGACUCCUCAGGCUGGGGAGAGCUUAGGUUUCAUAGCUGAAACAGGGAAAUCCCCUUCCGAGGCCAACCAUACCAGGACCACCUUUGCCGUCUCCAGCGCGCUGGCCGAAGGCAGCUGGAGCGCAGCGCAGGGCACCCAGAAUGCCAACUACGUGAACUUCUCCAUCUCCAGCCCCCCCACCGCCUCCAUCGGGCGCUACAAGCUGAGCCUGCGGGUGACCUGUGGCAACAAGGUGACCGCCCGACUGCUCGGCCAGUUCAUCCUGCUCUUUAACCCGUGGUGCGCAGGUGACCUCGUCUACCUCGCAAAUGAGGCAGAACGGCAGGAGUACGUGUUGAAUGAGAACGGAAUCAUCUUCGUGGGAAAUGCUCACUACAUUGAAGCACGAGGAUGGUACUAUGGCCAGUUCCAGGACAGCAUCUUGAACCUCUGCCUUCUUCUCCUGGAUCUGAGCCUUUAUCACCGCCAGGACCCUGCAGGAGACACGUCCCGCAGAAGCGACCCCAGAUAUGUGGGGCGAGUGGUCAGCUCCAUGAUCAACGGUAACGACAAUGACAACGGGGUGCUGGAGGGGAAGUGGAACGCAGACUUUUCCCACCACGAGAACCCCUCCCGGUGGGACGGGAGCGUGGCCAUCCUCCGGAAGUGGAAGCAGGACAACUACAAGCCGGUGCAGUACGGGCAGUGCUGGGUCUUCGCGGGGGUGGCCGGGACAGCCCUGAAGUGCCUGGGGAUACCCACUCGGCUGGUCACAAACUUCAACUCUGCUCACGACUCAAACGGGAACCUGAGCAUUGAUAAAUAUUACGACCCCUCAGGAAAGAGCCUCAAAAUUGGCCAAGACUCCACAUGGGACUACCAUGUCUGGAACGAAGGCUGGUUUGUCCGAAGAGACCUGGGGACGGCCUACAGCGGGUGGCAGGUGAUCGACGCCACCCCACAAGAGAGGAGCCAAGGGCUCUACCAGUGCGGGCCAACGUCUGUCCAGGCCGUCAAGCAAGGAGAGAUCGAGCUGUCCUACGACACGACCUUCGUGUACACGGAAGUGAACGCGGACAUCAACCGAUGGGUCGUCAAUAAAGAUGGGUCCCGGGUCCGGGCUUAUUGCGACACCUGCUCCAUCGGCACCCACAUCAGCACCAAAGCCGUGGGCAGCAACCAGCGGGUGGACAUCACCAACACGUACAAGUACCCAGAAGGCUCUGCAGAGGAAAGGAACGUUUACCGGAAGGCCUGUUCCAAGCUGCCGAGAUCCAGCAGCAGGCCGAGGAGCGAGUCCUCCAGCUUGGUCACUCAACCAGAGCUCUAUGGGAAGUUCAAGCUGGCUCAGCCCCCCAUGCUCGGGAAAGACAUCGAGCUCAUCCUCACGCUGGCCAACUUGUCUUCCGUGCCAAAGACCGUCACAGUGAACCUCAGCGUGUCGACCGUCCUCUACACGCGCACGGCUGUCCAGGAGAUCCUGAAGGAAACCACGACUGUGAAUUUUGAUUCCCAAGAAGAGAAGCAGAUCCCCUUGCGCAUCACGUAUGCCCACUACGGAGCGUCCCUGACAGAUGACAAGAAGAUCCUGGUGACGGCCUUGUGUGACGUUCUGGAGGGCGUGAAGCUGCUGGUGGAGAAGGCCAUCACCUUGGAGAGCCCCAGCAUCUCCAUCGCGGUUCCCCCAAAUGUGGAGGUCGAUAAACCCUCCACUGUGGAGAUCUCCUACACCAACCCCCUCCCGGAGCCGGUGGAUGACUGCGUGCUGCUGGUGACGCUCAUGGGCCAGGCCGUCAAGAUCAAUGUGGCGGGACUGGCGCCUGGGGAGCAAUCCAAGAUCUACUUUGAAUUCACACCCCGCACGGCUGGAGCCAUGCAGAUGCACGUGGACUUCUCCUGCAACAAAUUCCAUCACGUGAAGGGCUUCGUGCUCAUGCAGAUCGCUCCUUCGACCUCCCAGUGA